GGUUGUCUGUCAUUUGAAUUUUCAAACCGCGCUUUUGGACAAACUUGGAAGUAAUUUUGGGAAGACAAAGUCAUGCAAGCAUUUCUUAAAACUGGUAAAAUCUCCGCAUCGGACAAACCUUCGUCUUCUGGUGUAAAAACUUCUGGAAAGAAGAAGCCUCCUGCGCCAUGGGUUGAGAAAUACCGGCCGAAGACGAUAGAUGAUAUUGUGGAUCAGGGAGAAGUGGUUCAAGUGCUGCGGGAGUGUUUGUCUGGCGGAGAUUUUCCUCACUUGUUGUUCUACGGUCCGCCGGGUACCGGCAAGACGAGUGCGAUCUUAGCUGCGGCGAGACAACUGUUCGGCGAUAUCACUCGGGAUCGCGUGUUGGAGCUGAACGCUUCAGACGAACGCGGCAUUCAAGUGAUCAGAGACAAAGUGAAGUCCUUUGCUCAGCUCACUGUCAGCAGUACAAGACCUGAUGGGCGUCCAUGUCCACCCUACAAGCUGGUGAUCCUGGACGAGGCAGACUCCAUGACAAAUGCUGCCCAAGCAGCUCUCAGGAGGACCAUGGAGCGGGAGACCAGGACCACUCGCUUCUGUCUCAUCUGCAACUACGUGUCAAGGAUUAUACCUCCCAUUACUAGCAGAUGUUCCAAGUUCAGGUUCAAGCCUCUAGCCAGGGAGAAUGUUAUAAAAAGACUACGUGAGAUAUGUGAAGCUGAAGGUGUAGACGUUGGCACUGGUGAAGUGCUGCACCAGGCGGUGGACACAUGCGAGGGUGACCUGCGUCGCGCGCUCACCGCCAUGCAGUGCUGCCAGAGGCUGCUCGGCAAGAUUACUGCUGAAGGACUUGUGGAGGUAACUGGACUGGUUCCUGAGAAGCUGGUCGACAAAUACCUGAGCAUCAAGAACUACAGUGAGCUGGAGCAGUUUGUUGAAAGUUUCCUCAUGGAAGCAUACUCAGCCUCCCAACUUCUAGAACAGCUAAGCGCCACCGUAGUGACGGCCGGCCAUCUUACCAAUAAACAGAAGUGUGAGAUCAGUGACAAGCUCGCCGUCUGCGCACAUCGCCUGUUAGACGGAGGGGCUGAGCUCAUGCAGCUCACAGACCUCGGCUGUACCAUCAUCAUGGCUAAUAAUAACUCUUAGAAGAAGAGGUCUGUUAUAUGUAUAGAAGCUUUGUGUUAAUGGAGGGUAAAGUUAAGGAAGAACUGUGAGAUCAGCGACAAGCUCGCCGUCUGCGCACAUCGCCUGUUGGUCGGUGGCGCCGAGCUCAUGCAGCUCACAGACCUCGGCUGUACCAUCAUCACGGCUAAUAAUAACCCUUAGAACAAGAGGUCUGUUAUGUAUAUUAAGGUUACGAUAAGGUUUUUUUGUAUGUAGUUUCAAUCUUAUGGAGGGUAGAGUUAAGGAUGUUCACGAGUAUGGUUGACUAUAAAUGUAGGAAUUCAGAAUCAUAAAACUAUAAAAAAUGUCUCCUAAGAUAAAUUAAGGAGCAUGUAAACCUAAAGUGAUGAACCGAAAUGAGUAAAUAUAACAGUAAAAAGAUAAUAAUGGUAACCAAGUAAAUGCUAUGCUGGUCAUGAAAGGGAGGAUUUUUACUAAAUAAUACUUUCCGUUCCAAACAUGCCAUUCCAUAGUAGCUUUCUGCCAGACAAGUAAUAAAGUCAACAUAGUUGGGAAAAGGCUCGGGAGAUGAUGAUGAUGUUCGCGUAUCUCCGUUGUUUGCCCAGCGAUUACAAUAUUUUUUUUGCUUGAAAGGGUACAAUUCCCAUUAUCAUCUAGUUCAGGAUUUGAUGAUGGAAACUCGGAGAAAACGAGAGCAACUCGAAAAUUGUAGGCCGCCUUGUGGUAAGUUUUGAGUUGGUAAGACUGGUUGUCAGACUUUCGAAUGAUGACUGCCCGUAGCGACUGCCAAAGGUGUUCAAAUAACAGCCGGAAGCUACCAAUUUAUCGUGCCUUCCGAACCACGACAGAAUUCGUCAUAGAGCGUUGCAUAACCUUACAAUCGACAGAUCCAGAAGAAUUUGACUUAGCCACAAGCUCUUAAAAAAAUAAUAACUUUGGGAAUUGUAUUGAAGCAUAGAAGCAUUUUGUUACAAUUUUGACAGCAAAUAGGGGUGCUCUGUGGCCUGUAUCGAUUGCGCCCUUAUACUUUUUAUUGUAACAUCGGUUUCGACCAACUAAUCAAUUUGAUGUGAUAGGAGGAAUGUUGCAUUUAUUAUAACACAUCUUAUAAUUAGAUAUUAUUUUUGUAAUUAGCAUUUUUGGCCGACUUUAUAAAAGGAGGUCCUCAGUUUGACCUUAUGUAUGUUUGUGCGCGAUUAUCUCAGACGUAGGAGAAGAGGUUUAGGGAUAGGUACUAUUGUUUCGGGAGUCGGGGAUUUAUUUUUUGAAAAAAAGUUUUUGUAUAUGCAAACAGCAUCGAAUCAAAAGUGAAACAAAAUUGCGUUUCAAAAUAAUCGAUAUUUGUAAAUCAAAUAUUUCAUUGUUCAAAAUAAUAAAUGCUAAGUCAAUAAAUACGAUAAUUUCAACCAAAAGUCUUACCCACUAAAUUAUCUUAGCAUAAUACAAUGUAGUGUUGUUACUAGGACGUUGCAAAACGCCUCAUCCUGUCCUAGACUCGUUAAUACCGUACAGCGACCUUCUGAACUUAAAUGUUAGAUAAUCACAUUUACAUCUUCCGAUAACACUGGUUUCUACAUACGACAUUUCAAAAUUAAUAUACUUUAACAACCAAAAUGUACUGAAAAUAAUGUUUGUUUUUUACCGACUUCAAAAAAGGCGGUACUUGUGUCUAUGUAUGUAUGUCUGUGCGCCGUUAUCUCACGUUUGUCUGAAGCGUAUUUGAUGCGGCUUUUAGCAGUGUUUGUUAGACUUAGGAUAAGUUUUUAUACAUACGUA